AUGGAAUCUUUACAAAGGGCGAAUAUCUCAUCUGUCACUGACUUUAUCCUGUUGGGUCUGACUCAGAACCCUGGUCAACAAUCUCCCCUCUUUGCCGUGUUUGUUAUAAUAUAUAUGGUAACGCUAACUGGCAACUCUCUGAUCAUCUCCCUAAUUGUAACUGACCAGGAGCUCCAAACCCCCAUGUACUUCUUCCUGGGCAACCUUUCCUUUGUAGAUAUCUGCUUUAGCUCUGUAACUGCCCCUCUCAUGUUGGCCCAUCUUCUCAUGGACAAGAAAAGCAUCUCGUUUCAAGGCUGCAUGACUCAACUCUUCUUCUUUAUCUGGAUGGCCGUCAUGGAGUGGUUUCUUUUGGCCAUUAUGGCAUAUGAUCGUCUCAUAGCCAUCAGCAACCCUCUGCGUUACUUAUCUAUAAUAAACAGGAGGACUUGCUUGUGCCUAAUGGGCAGCUCCUGGGUACUAAGUUCUUUGCAUUCCACCCUUCAUACGUCCAUCAUCUCCUCUUUGGAUUACUGUGGGGCCAACAAGAUCAAUGAGCAUUUCUGUGACCAACCACCAUUGUUAUCACUCUCCUGCUCCAACCCUGCUGGCUACAAUAUUGUGGUAUUGACUGAAGGCUCUUUUGUGGCAGUGAGUCCUUUUAUCUUUGUUGUGAUAUCAUAUUCUCACAUCCUUAAAACCAUAUUAAAUAUUCACUCCUCCUCUGGACGUUACCAAGCCUUCUCUACUUGCUCUUCUCACCUCACUUCUGUAGGACUUUUCUUUGGAGCAAUAUUUUUUACUUACUUCUAUCCUUCCUCAUCAGGAUCUGUGUCAGAAGAGCGGCCUCUCUCUGUGGUCUAUUCUAUACUCACUCCUCUCCUCAACCCUUUCAUCUACAGCCUGAGGAACCAGCAAGUCAAAAGGGCUCUGAAGAAGGUCACACACCAUAGGUUAUCCCACCAGAAGGGAAUGUAA